CCCAAAGAGAGGAAGAGAAGAAGAAGAAGCUUGAAGCAGGAGAUGAAACACUAUUCAAGUCCAUCAAGCCAGCAGCAGGUGAUUGACAUGUUGCCAGCUGUGGUGGUCCAUGGAGGGGCGGGUCAUAUCCCAAAGGAGCGGGCACAAAACUCCACAUCAGGGGUGUCUGCAGCAGCCCGAGCCGGGUACAUUGUUCUCAAGGGAGGGGGCAGCAGCAUGGACGCUGUGGUGGAGGCUGUGACCCAGCUGGAGAAUAACCCCUCCUUCAACGCAGGCUGUGGGUCGGUGCUGAACGUGAAGGGAGAGGUGGAGAUGGAUGCUUUUGUGAUGGACUGGAAAACGUUGGCGACUGGUGCAGUGUCAGCUGUACGCGACAUAGCCAACCCAACCCAGCUAGCAAGACUGGUUAUAGACAAGGGGGAAGAUGUGCACAGUCGGGGCCGUGGCAGUGGAUAGUGAGGGAGUUGUAGCCUGUGCGACCUCCACUGGUGGGAUGCUGAACAAGAUGGAGGGUCGGGUGGGGGACACACCCUGCAUAGGUUGUGGAGGUUAUGCUGACAACAACUCAGGAGCAGUGUCCACUACAGGCCAUGGAGAAGCUAUCAUGAAAGUUGUUUUAGCCAGACUCAUCCUGUUCUACAUGGAGCAAGAUUCUCACCGGUGUCAUCUCCUCCAGUCUGCUCUCCUCACAGACAACACAACCACUCACCCGCCUGCCUACAGAACCAGCUACUCCAUAGUCUCCUCCACGCCGUCAUUACCAGCCAGCCAGUCAGCCAUCCACCUUUCCCAGACCCUGCAAUAAAACCCCAAAUCCUUCAACUUUG